CUAUGGAUCCUCCUGAACAGUUUAAAGAUGGAAAUCUAUCUAUUAAGAAGAGAAAAGUCCUGCAGCAGAGGGCAGACUCCCCUGGACCCAGCUGUGUCACCAUGAAGACUGACCGGUCUAUGAAUAGACCUCCUGAAUUUAAAGAUGGACGCCCCACCAGAAAGGAUAGACAACACCAGAAGAGGUCAAAGGUUACCAGUGCUCAGUCAGUACAGCAGCAAACAGAGCUGAUCAAGAGGGCUGAGGAGAAUGCACAUGCUUUUCUAGACAAGGAGAUGAAGAAGGUCUGGAGGGUUCUCUUCCCACAAUGCUCAGAGAGUCAGACGGAGGAGGAAGAGGAGGAGGUGGAUGGUAAGAAUGAGGAGCAGAGGAGGCGUGCCAAAGUGGGAGUGGCCGACAUCACAAAGCUCUGCCUGAUGGAGAUGAACCAGAAGGAACUGGCCGACACACUGCGGGGCGGCUCUACUGCUGUUCAGUGCACACGUAACAUCAAGUCUCAUCUGAAGAAGAAGUUCAGGUGCAUGUUUGAGGGAAUCGCUAAAGCAGGACAUUCAACACCUCUGAAUGACUUCUACACAGACCUCUUCAUCACAGAAGGAAGCAGUGGAGAGGUCAACAAGGAACAUGAGGUCAGACUGAUUGAAACAGCUUCCAGGAAACCAGCCAAGGAGGAAACACCAAUCAGAUGUGAAGACAUUUUUCAACCCUUACCUGACCAAUAUCAACCAAUCAGAACAAUAUUGACAACUGGAGUGGCCGGUAUUGGAAAAACCGUCUUAACACACAAAUUCACUCUGGACUGGGCUGAAGGUAAAACCAACCAAGACAUAAACAUCACAUUUCUCCUUACAUUUAGAGAGCUGAAUUUAAUGAAAGGGAAAGAGUUUAGCUUGGUGGAACUUCUUCAUUACUUCUUUAUUGAGACCAAAGAAGCAGGAAUUUGCAGAUUUGACCUCUUCCAAGUUGUCUUCAUCUUGGAUGGUCUGGAUGAGUGCAGACCUCCUCUGGACUUCCAGAACAACCCGAUCUGGACUGAUUUCACAGAGCCGACCUCGGUGGACGUGCUGCUGACAAACCUAAUCAGGGGAAACCUGCUUCCCUCCGCUCGCAUCUGGAUAACCACACGCCCUGCUGCAGCCAAUCAGAUCCCUGCUGACUGUGUUGAUAGGGUGACAGAGGUGAGAGGGUUCACUGACCCACAAAAGGAGGGGUACUUCAGGAAGAGAUUCAGAGAGGAGAAGCUGGCAAGCACAAUCUUCUCCCACAUCAAGACAUCACGAAGCCUCCAUAUCAUGUGUCACAUCCCAGUCUUCUGUUGGAUCACAGCUACAGUUCUGGAGGACUUCUUCAAAGCAUCCAAGAGAAGAGAGGAGAUGCCCAAGACCGUGACUCAGAUGUACAGUCACUUCCUGAGUGUUCAGUCCAUACAGGGGGACACGAAGUACCAUGGGAGGGCUGAAACAGAUCCAGACUGGAGUUCAGAGGGCAGGGAGAUCAUUGUUUCUCUGGGAAAAUUGGCUUUUAACCAGCUGGAGAAAGGCAACCUGAUCUUCUACGAGUCAGACCUGGCAGAGUGUGACAUUGAUAUCAGGGCAGCCUCUCACACAGGAGUGUUCACCCAGAUCUUUAAAGAGGAGUGUGGGCUGUACCAUGACAAGGUGUUCUGCUUUGUCCAUCUGAGCAUCCAGGAGUUUCUGGCUGCCCUCUAUGUCUUUCAGUUCUUUCUCAAAACUGGGGUCAAUCUUCUCUCCGAAGAACAACCAACCUGCAUGGAAGAUAUACUCAUUCUCUACCAGAGUGCCGUGGACAAGGCCUUACAGAGUGAGAAUGGACACCUGGACUUGUUCCUCCGCUUCCUCCUGGGCCUCUCGCUGGAGACCAAUCAGAUUCUCCUACGAGGUCUGCUGGGACAGACAGGAAGUAGCUCACAGACCAAUCAGAAUACAGUGUCUUACAUCAAGAAGAAGAUAAAUGGAGAUCUUUCUCUGGAGAGAAGUAUCAAUCUGAUCCACUGUCUGAAUGAGCUCAACGACCGUUCUCUAGUGGAGGAGAUCCAACAGCUCCUGACAUCAGGAAGUCUCUCUAGAGAAUCCCUCUCUCCUGCUCAGUGGUCAGCUCUGGUCUUCAUCUUACUGUCAUCAGAAGAGGAGCUGGAGGUGUUUGACCUGAAGAAAUACUCUGCUUCAGAGGAGGGUCUUCUGAGGCUGCUGCCAGUGGUUAAAGCCUCCAAAACAUCUCUGCUGAAUUGCUGUCAUCUGUCAGAGAGAUGCUGUGAAGCUCUUGCCUCAGUUCUCAGCUCCAACUCCUCUAGUCUGAGAGAGCUGGACCUGAGUACCAAUGAUCUGCAGGAUUCUGGAGUGAAGCUGCUCUCUGCUGGACUGGGGAGUCCACACUGUAGAUUGGAAACUCUCAGCUUGUCUGGCUGCCUGGUCACACAGGAAGGCUGUGCUUCUCUGGCCUCAGCUCUGAGCUCCAACCCCUCCCAUCUGAGAGAGCUGGACCUGAGCUACAAUCAUCCAGGAGACUCAGGAGCUAUGCUGCUCUCAGCUGGACUGGAGGAUCCACGCUGGAGACUGGAAACUCUCAGUGUGGAGCACGGUGGAGUGUGGAGACUGAAACCAGUUCUCAAGAAGUAUGCCUGUGAACUCACACUGGAUCCAGACACGGCCAACAGACAACUCUCUCUGUCUGAGGACAACAGGAAGGUGACAGAGGUUACAGAGGACCAGUCGUAUUCGGAUCACCCAGAGAGAUUUGUCUCCUCUCCCCAGGUGCUGGGUAGAGAGGCUCUGACUGGCCGCUGUUACUGGGAGGUAGAGUGGAAAGGACCUGUUCAGAUAGGAGUGACAUACAGAGGAAUCACAAGGAGGGGAGGGAAUGGUGGCAGCUGGCUUGGAUUGAACAACAAGUCCUGGUGUCUUCAUUGUCAUGAGGGUGGUUACUAUGCCCUGUACAACUGUCAAAGAACAAUCACGUGUCUCCCCCCCGCUGGCUCCACCAGAGUAGGAGUGUAUCUGGACCGGCCUACUGGCUCUCUGUCCUACUACAGAGUGUCCCCAGGUGGAGGAGGGUCCUCAGACACACUGACACACAUCCACACCUUCCAGUCCUCCUUCACCCAGGAGGACCUCCUCCCUGGGUUUGGGUUAUUGAGUUCUGGUGCCUCAGUGUCUCUGUGUCGGUUGUAGCAACACACAUACACA